GAAAAUACAUAUUCGGAAGUGCCAAGCAGUUGGCUGAUGCCACCUAUAGACGGUGAUGAGGACGAAUGGCAUUGUUGGUGGCCUCCAAAGACGCAAAAAAAAAAUUAAUAUCUAUAUUAAAUAAAAAUUUGAAACCGAUAGCUCAAGCUGGACAAUAGAACAUGUCAAAAUUAUGGGCUACUAUGACGCUUAUGAAAAAGCUCGGAGARUCGCAGCUGAAUCCGAUUAUACUUCUUCCGAAGAAGGUCUUGGUCGUGGUUGUCGAUCUUCUAAAUCUACUACUGCGGAGCGACAAUACAAUAAGAAGAAGAGAUUAGCACUAAUUAUUGACCCCACAACUGAUGAGGACACAGAAGACGAGCCUCCAAAAAAACAAAAAAGGGGAUUUAUUAAGCCAGCUACACCUAUGCCGAAAAUAUGUGACGAAACGAAAUCCAGCAACUGUAACACACCCAAUUUAUCAAAUACAGUGCUCGAACAUCAUCCAGAAAUUGUCGAACCAGACGAAGUUGAUAGCUGUGAAAAUAAUAAUGAUAGGAACGAAAACAUUCCAUUUGAAUUAAAUACCUUACAUUUUAAUAAACUCGACAAUCUUUUUGACUUUAAUAAUAAAAAUAUAACUGAUAUUUCAUCAAUAUUAAUAGAUAACUUUAAAAAUGUAUUUAAAUUACUGAGUAUGGUUCUCGUGGAUCUAAAAGAUAUAAAACAAAGUCUUGAUCAAGGUCAUUUAGCAAAGAUUACCACGAAUGUCGAGAACAUUAAACAAUAUUUCCCUAUUGAAACAAAACAAGAAUUAGAAUUUGUUGAGAAAAUUUUGUUCACUAAACAAUUAGAAAAUGAGUUCAAAGAAUAUGUGCGUAUUAUCGGUGGAAAAAAUGGUUGUGAUUUCCUGAAAAAUGUAUUCACAUUAAUUUACGAUGAUAAAUUUGCUGCAGACAAUACAUGGCUCGGUAAAAAAAAACAAAGUAAAUUUAAAUGUUAUUCAACUAUAUUUCCUGAAUUUACCAAUUAUAAUUUUAAUUACGAGGCAGGAGAGGGGUUCAGGCUGGGGGCAUAA